CUACUCUGCCCCAGACACUGUGGGCCACAGGACAGGUUGUGGCAGAAAGAGAGCUGUGGGUUAGGGGGCAAUGUGAACGUCUGAAAGAGUUAUCCCAGGAGCUAGACUGUGUCAAGGAGUUGGCCUGGUCCAGGAGGGCCACUAGAAUCCAAGAUGCUGAGGCCCAGGUCUCUUCAGCUGCCCUGCUUUCCCAGGAGGCCAUGCUUGGAGCCCAGAUAGUGGCCACACUUGGAGGACCAGACAGCAUCCUGGGACAGGCCCGAGAGGCCCGGCAGUGGACAGAGCAGCUGCUACGGGGGACCGCCCAGCCUAUAGGGACAGCUAUGUGGGAGUUGAAACUGAAGGGGCUGGUCGACAGGGUCCAGACGCUGCACCCACAGCUUCUGGAACUCCUAGUCAAAGCUGGAGUGGAAUGCAGGGGUCAAGGACCUGGGCCGGCCUGUGUUCCUCUACCCUGUGGUGUUCCCUCUUGCCCUGGGACCCUGCCCACUGCCCAGUGGGCUCUGGUUGCCUCCCGUAACUCCUCCAAUAGCCUGGACAUAGCAACCACAGCCUUGGAGCAGCGUCAGCAACUGCUGCAGCAAAUCCAGGCCACAGCAAGCUCCACGGGAAUCCAGGCUCAGGAGAUCUGGCAUCGUGCAAGGGGGCCCUGGGCUGUGGCCACCAUGGCCCCUGUGCAGGCAAUUGUGCAUAUCAUCCAGCGUUUUCUCCUGGAUGAAGGUGCAGAUGCUAAGAGUGUGGAGCUGGUGGCAUGGCGUGCGCUGGCAGUGCCCCUCCCCCAGGGUGGGGCAGCAGGCAUUGCCCUUCUGCUGGAUCAGAUCCAGGGUGCCUUCCCUGCACCAGACGGAGGCCGAGAGCUUCCCAGAGCUGAAGGUGUCCUCCGUCAGGCACAGGAGACCAGGGAGGGUACAGCCUGGGCCCAUGACCAAGCGCUGGAUGUUCAGGGUGUGCUGGCUGAGGCGGGAACUCACGCAAGAGCUGCAGAGGAAGGUCUGCAGGUGGUGAAACAGACACUCGGAGGCCUGGAGGCCAGUGUACAGGAGGUGGCAGGGUGCCUAGCCCGGGUGACACUGGCAGUAGAUGUGACCCCGGUCCUGGGGCUUCCGUCCAGUGCAGCUGUAGCUCUCAGGACUCGCCUGGCAUUGAGUCAGCGACAGGUCCAGGAGGCAGAGGAGCGUGCAGCACAUGCCAUGGGCUUGGCUGGGGGCCUGGGCAAGGAGAUGCAGGUGGCCCGGAUAGGUGUGGCGGAGUUGCAGGAGGGCACAUACAGCCUGAUGGCUACGGUGCAGGACGCUGAAAAGAGAAUACAGCGAACGCGAGCUGAGGCCCAAGAGCUGCUGAAGCGGGUGCAGAACAGCUGGAGCCGCCUGGAGGGGUUGGAGCGCCGUCUGGUGCGGAAUGAGCAAGCACUGGGCAAGAAGGUGGCCACCCUGUGGGCCCUGGAGCAGCGGGCAGCAGAGCUGCUUGAGCACAUGCAGCUAUGGGCCACCGCAUAUGCCACUUGCUGACUGCUGUCUGUGGAUGCCAAAAAGGGACUCUGGGACUACCUGGGUGACUCAAAGUGACGCCAGAGUGACCCAGGAAUCUCCUGACCUUGAGGGACCACAGACCCCAUUGAGUGCCCACUGACCCUGAGUGACCGCCAUGUUACCCCAUGGUGUCCUUCAGUGGCCCUCUGACCCUGAGAAACUAGAGAGAUCAUGUAAAACUCUGAGGCCAUCUGGCGACCCUGACCCUGAUAGUUCCUUAUCUCAGAGUGAUGUACAAUUCUGAGUCACCUGUAGUAUCCCUGAGCCCCCCAGGUUGACUACAUGACCCCCAGGGUGACUGGGGUCCCCUACUCCAGAUAAUGGGUAACUCCCAGAGACCCUGAAAGUUCAGCAGAUUGACCCCCUGCCCAGAUUCCCCUUGUGAAGCCAGGUGAUUCCCCUAAAGAAUCCCAGGCUUCUCCCCUGGGUCCACAGCUCCAGAUACUCUGCCCCGGGCCCCACAGAACCAGCCCGACCUAGCCCUACAGAUCUUCCGAGUUCGAGGUCCCAGCCGCCCUCCCAGGGGCCUGGGUGGGGCAAGCGAUCGCCGGCAGCCCGCAUUCCAAGCCUGGGCUUCUGCGCUCCCGGCAGGCCGGAAAGUCCGGAGCGGAUAACUAGCUAUAAGAUCUGGAUCCAUUCACUGCUUCUCCCAUUGGUCUGUUGGCAAUGCAGCACCCAGUUUCUUAC